GACUUUUCGAGUUACGUAAUAUCGAUGCUGGUACAUCUAUUCACCAGAUCUACUAGUCUAAGAGUUGGUGACACAAGACCCUUAGAAACCGCCAGGAAAAAAAUGCCACUCCUCAAAACAUAUAUUGAUGUGCUCCACUGGGUGCUCGUGCAACAAUAAAAGAUUACGGUUCCCAACGGACGAUGGCCACAAAUAACGAAACUUUAG